GUCUUCUCCUAGCUACCGUCGACACCUGGUGACGAGAAUUCCUCAUUGUAGUACGCUUCCAGGAGUGAGCAUCAGCUGAUCUUCACACCUUGCAAUCGAUAACUUCACCACAGCAAGAACGAGUACAGAAGCUUGUAUGAAUCGCGGACUAUACAGCCUCAUUUCUGCAACUUUGCGAAAUUGAUAUGAGCAUGCACCUGUCUACGUCGAGCCUGACCAUCUGUCGCCACCUUGCUCAUUUCCACACAUGCGCAUGAUUGGUCAUUCUUCAUUGUCGUGGCCAUUGGCUAGUCAUAGUCUUGAGCUUUGUAAAGGCGCUCGUGGUUCUGCUUUUGCUCGCGGGCUUGCAUUAAACUGCUCUUCUCAAGGAAUUAGGCGCUAUCCAAAGCCCUCAGGGUGCAGACUUCAGACCAACAUACCGCUCACAUCAAGUUCAGCCUUCGUCUCUAAAAUUAUGCAACUCAAAUGCCAAGUCAGAUUGACUCGGACUGUUCUGGAUCUACGGCGAAAGGUCCGAGCAGCAGCCCGUUGCCUUGAUGCCAUGUCAAAGGCAAAUGUGGAAGCAGAACUCCGUAUCAAGGCGCUUCAAGAGGGCCUCGAUUGCUUUGAUAUCGAGGUCAUCAAAGAUGUUCAUCUUGCAAGCGAGGCGUACGACAUCGUCGUCUCCCGUCAUCAACGUCUCAGUCAUCUGAGACAUUUGGACUCGCUGAUCCACCUCUUUGCCAUCAAAAUGCCAGACGGCAACCUUUCAUCGUCUGCUGUGGUCAACAUGAUCAUCGACAUUCGCGCAACUCUCUUUGAGUCCCUCCUUCUAACAUGAAGACCGUUGUUGAUCUUCUUGGUGGUCCUCAACGCCGUGUUGCUAAGCGGGCCGGAACUAGCAAGGGCGUUAUCUUGCAUGGCAAUGAAGCUCAUAAUCUAGCGGGGUUGUGCGUGGAUACAAUCAUGACUUGGAUGGUGAGGUGUCAAGUCAAACACAAGCAAUCUAGAUAGUGCAAAUAGGAUUGAUGCAGAUGAGGAGCAGAGUA